GUGCGAUCUGAGAUGAAACGACAGGGGUCCGCGUGAAUUCGCGUGCCGCGUCGCGUUCGCGUACCACUUACAGGACUCAGCCGCUGGAAAUAGUUUGGACAGUCUUGCUUUCAAUUGUUUUCUUGGGUACAGCAGUAGGACUAUCAUCGCUUAAACAUCAUAUACACGCAUCCCAGGGCACCAUGGCAAGAGCCACACGCGCAAAACCUGCGCCGAAAGAGGCUACUCCCGAACCAACACCAUCCACCACAAAACCGCUCCCAGCAGCCACGUCGAAUCCGCCAAAGCUUUUCAUCCUCCCCAAAGACACGUCCAGCGAUGCGCGAAUAGUCACCCUCGAUGAUCCUGCCACCAGCACACCCUCGCGCUACUACUUCUGUCCAUCGAAAGGCUUUUACGAAUUCACCCGCAUCGCCGCACCGAAGAAAGCCUGCCGGAGCUGGCUGAUCACAAGUGAAGACGACAAAGCACUAGGGAAUGAAAAGAUCGAUGAUGAAGAGGCGGCAGAGAAGAAAGAAGACACAGAAACUGGCCUGGGAAGCGGCUUCGUAACAAAAAACGCCGACCUCUUCCUCGCAACGCCCAUCGACCUGCUCUUCCUGAUUCUGCCAGCGCUAGCCCCAAAGUCAGCAAAAGAAGCGAAACAGCACUUCCGCGAACUCGAUGACUACACCGACAUGCUCUCUGCGUCGUCACGGCACUGGCGGACCCUGCUCGCGCAAUACCCAACCCUCAAAGGCAUGUUGGAGAAGAAGAUGCGCGCUCUGUGCGACACCGUCGACGCUGGCGACGAGACAAUGUACCGCAUAUCGCCGACCAAGCUGCACGCGCUCCUCGUCGCCAAGGCAGAGCGCAUGGUCCAGCACGGCCUGCCGCCGAGCAUGGAAGACAAAUUCGUCAAAUCCGUACUCGACAUCCCCGUCAUGAGCAUCCGCCGCGACGACAGCAGUCUCAGCGCCGUGCCCGCGGACCCAGAGUUCCAGCCCACGGAACCCACAGAACCCACAGUGGCUGACGCUGACGCUGACGCCGACGCCGAUGCCCCCGCGCCUCCUUCCCUCACAACACCCCCCGAGGUCCCACACCUCCUCCGCCUCAAGACAGCACUCACCUACCUCACCACCGCAUACCUCCCGCCGCUCCUGCGCCCCGCCAUCCUCACCGCCCCCACCCCGGACUUCACCCCGCUCACCACACACCUCGCGGCGCUCGCGAAACUCAAAGCCGAGGCCGCGGCGCUGCGCAGCAUCAGCGACAACAUCAGCCGCAAGCGCGGGAUCGAGAUGGACGAGGAGCGGUUGGCGGAGCGCGAGGAGAAGAAGAGGAAGAAGGAGGAUGAGGAGAAGCGGAAGAAGAGUGAGAGUCUCGCAGUCAAGAAGUUGAGGAGCGUGGACACGAGGGGGAUGAGGAAGAUGAGUGCGUUUUUCAGUGCGGUGCCGAAGAAGUGAGUAGGCCUGCGGUCAUUGGAGAGGGCUGUGUAGUGUAGAUGAUGUGUAAUUGUAUGGAUGUGUGUGGUGUUUAUCGGUGUUUGAUUGUGUGCUUCUUUCUAGCUAAGUGUUGCGGACUGUGUCGGCCGCUGAUAGACGCGAGUGGCCGCGCUGGUCUCGCCGAUGCUAUCCCUGAUCCUCCGCGCGCUAUGCAAAACGCAGAUGCAAUAUGCAGAUGCAAUAUGCAGAUGCAA